CAUAAUAAGGUGACGUCGUUUGUGAGUUUUUUUAAACAAUUAUGAACAAUUUUUUUAUUAAAUUUACGAUUCGCCAUAUAUUUACAUUAAGAAUAUCCCGUGUUGUCCUGUGAUAAUCGAUGGGUAAUAUAUUUUGUUAUGCAAUUUUCAUCUCGUCCAGAUCCGGGAGAUUUAUUAUUUGGUCAUUUGACCCUUGUUGUUUUGAUGUACCUGAUUUAGUAAAUCGUGCUCGCCUCGGUUGACCAAACGACAAACCCUGCCGUUCUCAGUGUGUCCAUGUAUCAGGAAAGGCACCUUAUAAAUGUCAAUGUCAACGUAGCCAACCAUGAUUUGUCUAUCAUUAUUACUGGUUCUGCUGGGCAGCAGUAGCCAUGGACAAUCGCUCAAUAAUACAGCCCUGGAUAUCCAGUACCCGCUAGGCUACGAACCUAUGGCGCUAACAUGGAUUAAGCCGAAUGGUUGUGCUGUCCAAUCCGUGCCAGGAAAAGUGGAGGUCACGUGUUCACUUCCCGCUGGAGAAGUAGUGGUGAAAGUGUCUGCGAACAGCGUUUCAUUGCGGUGUGAGGAUAAAACAUUCAUUUGCAAGGAGCUAACAGAAGUGCGCUCACAUAUAAGCAAACGUUCAGCCUCGCCCAAUAUACGACUACUGGUAAUUGAAAACUGCGUGUUGCCAGAUGAAGAAUUAUCGUGUGUGCUCGAUGCUGUGGUCGGGGCGAAGGACGCCAAGGUGCUAAUGUUCGAAGAUCUGAAAAGUAACAUAACACAGCGCCAUCUAGCGGGGUUGAAGGAAGUCACGAAUUUCCAAAUACGCGGAUGCCAUAACACAAUAGAGAUGCCCUAUGAUGCAUUAUCAACAUUGCCAAAUCUUACGCGUGUGCUUAUACAGUACGCAGCAUUGCAUCUCACGAACGAGACUGGCGCCAUCUUGACAAUAAAACAUCUAACAUUACUCGAUAUUAAAUUGAAUUCAAUGAUACCAGAUGGCGCUUUUAAAAGGACGCCAUUUUUGAGUGAUUUGAUGAUUAUUGGUCAGAAACCUAGUCUCGAAAUUGAUGAGCAUGCAUUUGAUGAUCUACCUCACUUAGUGAAUAUUAGUUUAAACUCAAAUAAUCUUCGUUCCCUUCCGGAAAGAGUAUUUUCUAAAAAUAGACUCCUGGAAAGUAUUGAAUUGUAUGACAAUUCGUUGGAGACGCUGCAUCCGUCCGUCUUCAGUGGCCUCUCACGACUGACUGAGGUAAAAAUGUUCAGUAACUCACAAAAUGUAUUAUUUCAAGCUCAAGAUGGUCUUUUUUCAAAUCUACCCUCAUUAAAACUUGUUGACAUUCACGAUACACGUCUAAGUGAUGUACCCGAAAAUUUAUUUUCAAAUAGUACCAACAUUAAGAAGUUAUUUAUGUCUGCCUGUGAUAUCAAAACUUUGCCUGAAAAGUUGUUCUUAAAUUUGAAUUUGGAAUCUCUCGACUUAAGUUUCAAUGAAAUUGAGGAAUUACCUUCAAAAGUGUUUAAUGGACAGGACAAAUUAAUGAAAUUAAAUCUAAGUCGAAACAAGAUAAAAGUGUUGCCAGACGGUUUGUUUAUUUAUUUAAUGAGCCUGAAGAUUUUGGAUAUGCGAGAAAAUAAUAUUGAAGAUUUGAAUGACUAUGUAUUCGAGGAUUUAUUAAGUUUACAAGAGUUGUAUUUGAAUAAGAACCAAAUCACUAGACUGAGACAUGGGACCUUUAAUCCUUUGCGACAUCUGAAGGUGCUGUCGCUCGCGCGCAACUCAAUUGUCCAAUACUCGGAAGGGAUUCUAAAUCUCUUGGACCUUCACAGUUUAGAUCUAAGCUACAACCGUAUAACAACAGUGUAUGAUGUAUGGUUCCCGCUGGUGUUCUUGCAGGAUUUGAACCUAUCGCACAAUUCCAUCACCGAGUUGGAUCGUAUAAACUUUGACAACAGAACACGCGUCGACCUACGAUACAACAAAAUUACAUAUGUCGACCUAAUCCUACAACCAGAAAUUUCAACCGAAUCGUUGGCCGCUUCGUUGCCGGAUCUGUUGCUCGACUACAACCCGUUCGAUUGCAACUGUUCCUUAUAUGCCUUUAUCAACCUCACCAGCAACAAGUCAGUUACACGCAUACACAUAAACGACGCAAAAUGUUCUAAGCCCAACGAGUUGUCGGACCACAAGUUGACCGACUUGUCAGUGGAUAUGUUGACUUGCGAUUAUCCGUUUUGCCCUGACGGUUGCAGUUGCACCGAAAGAAUCGCAAUGAAAAAAGUCGAAUUCACUUGCACUUCGCUGCCCGAAUUCCAGGAACUUAGUCGUUCGUCCCCAGACACAGUGUUGCGAUUAGAAUCGUACACGCAUAUUAAUGGGUUACCGCCUUACGUCAAGCUUUUAAACGUCUCAGGGUUAAAUAUAACAGACUUCGAGCCCGUGCUCUUUAAUCCAAUUGAAAUCGAUUUGAGCGACAACGCCCUCAUUGCCGCCCCUCAGUUGUUACACGAAAACGUUACACUCAACCUCCUCAACAACCCGCUUAAAUGCGAUUGCGAACACAAGGACGGCCUUAGAUUAUUAAAGAGAUUCAAUAAAAAACUCAAAUAUUACGCGAAAUUAACGUGCGAGAACGGUGACUAUAUCGAAACAAAAGACAUCGAUCAAAUUUGCUCGUUAAAGAGUCAAGUGACUUACAGCCUCGUAGCGUUGGCUGCCGUGUGCCUCGUUGGUGUUGCGAUAUUUUUGACGUACAGAAACGUUGUUAUCAUUCGUAUUAUAUUGAGAAAGUACGGCUUCCAGCUGUAUACCGAUUUGGGCGAUUACGAGUACGACGCGUUCAUUUCGUUCGCGCAGGAGGACGUGGCCAUCGUCGAAGACAUUGUUAAAAAGCUGGAAAGUGGCUCGCAACCGCUGAAGUUGUGCGUGCACUCACGCAACUGGAUCCCCGGCGAAAUGAUUGUCGAUCAAAUCGAGCGAUCGGUCGAGCGAUCGCGUUGGACGAUCAUUGUCCUUUCGCACAGUUUUAUUAAGUCCUACUGGGCGAAAAUCGAAUAUCUAACUGCGCACAGCAAAUCCAAACUGCUGGUGUUGAUAUUGGAUGAUGUGCACGAAUCGGAAUCGCUCAGUCCGGAAAUUAAAUUGUACAUUAAGUCAACUACGUACACGCAUUACUCGAAUCCGUACGCCGUUGAACGACUGCGGGACGCGGUCUUGAGACAACCCAAAUGGCCGGAGUUGGUUGGAAAGAAAAAGGACGGUGAAAAGGGGGUGAAGAAAGAAGGUAAGUUAAGAGGGGCGCUUGAUGUUCAGAUCAAUGUUGAUGGCCAGUUGGUGAAUCAGGGGAGGUUAUGAAGUUUUAGAAUUGCGUAGCUUGACGAAAGGUUUUCUGGGAUUUUGGGCUAGUUUCGGAGUUGCGUUGCGUCUGUUGUAUUGAUGAUAAAAACUUAGACAAUUUUCGUAUAAAUAUGUAUACAGGGUGGUUUCAUUACCUUAAUAACAAAUUCUUCCUUCCUUCUAGUAUUUACGUCGUAUUUUUUUUAGUUUACUUUUUGUUCACAUAAAUCAAAUUGAAUAUGCGUACUUUUCAGAUCAGUAUGGAUGAUGUUAAAAUCGUUUUGUCUUAUUUUUUAUAGUUCUUUUGAUAAAUACAAGUUUUGACGUAACUCAAUUUAAAAUAGAACAUGAAGGCAAUCGGAUAAUUCAAUUUUAUUGUAUUAUUUAACUGUAGAAGCCAUAGUUUUCGUUUAUGCGAUGAAACUUGUGCUAAUCCCAUAGAACGGAAAGUGUUUGACAGUUUUGCUAUGCCAGAGCAUGGACAUGGCAUGGACAGGGACGCAACUACUUAUAGUGAUCUACAGCCAUAUUAUUUUAUUCUCAACGUUAUAUCUCAUUUAAAAGCAAUAUUUUAUUAGUUUAUAAGUAUUCUACAAAUAAUUGAGCAAUUUAUUGCAACUCGAAUAUAUUCUAGUGAGAGCAAUUCUCACACGAUUUAAUUGUUAUUAAUCGUCGUAAAUUUAUGUAUCAGCCAACUGACCGUAUUUUGGAUGUGUUUACAAUUAUUUAAAGAGUACACUCAUAAAUUUACCGUAUGACAAUUUUAUGUACAUAGUUUUUUACUCUGAACUAACUUUACAUACAAAUACGAAGUGUACUUAUGCCUAACUAAAGCUUUGCAGUCUUAAAGAAAAGACAAAUUUCAUUAUUGCAUUAAUUUUACAAAAAAAAAUAAUAAGAUUUCUGCCACUUUAUAUAUUCUUUAAGAGGAAUCUAGUUAAAAUAUUUGUAUGAAAAAUUUUACUUCUGCGCGUAACCAUCUUUAAUGUGCCAUUCCUCAUACAGUUGCUUAAAUCUCAUUUAGUUGACUCAAGUAUCUGAAUAUGAAUCUCUGUUGUUUAUCCAAAGUAAUUUAAAUAAGUAACUCUUUUUUAAGUGGUUUCAGUUUAUAUCACGGUAGCAUCAUAAUUAUCUACUGUUAAGUAUCAAAAUCUAUUUUUUGCUAAAAGCUACCACAACUGCAGCUUCUUACGGAUCUUGUUUUAUUCUGAAACCAUUAUCUAGUGGAUAACCUUUAAUCAUACAAAUUUUGUCAGUCUUUAUAGUCAAUUGUACUGCAAUGAAUAUUCUAUUAAAGCUAUUGAAUUGAAAUAUUUUUUAUAUAGUUAUUAUCUUGAGGUUAAAUCUCUAUUUUGAAUUAAGUGUCUUAAUAA